GAGGAGCUAUUUCCAUGGGGUGGGGGGGGAACAGGUGCUGGCAACCCCCGCGCCCCGACCUCGUGGGCUGCCCUCCGCAGAGGCCGCAGGCGGCCUCCCCCAGGGCGGCCUCCGGGCUGCCGGACCUAUAAAGGUGCGGGGUUUUUUCAAUGAAGCCGGGACGCGGGAGCGCACUACGGGGUCGGGCCCAGCCAGGUGCCCGGGAGUUGGCCAGCCAAGCGCAGUCCCCGCCGCCCCUCCGCGCCAAGAUGAAGUACCUCGUGGGCAUCGGAGGUGUGACCAACGGCGGCAAGACCACGCUGACCAACAGCCUGCUCAAAGCGCUGCCCAACUGCUGCGUGAUCCACCAGGAUGACUUUUUCAAGCCCCAAGACCAAAUAGCAGUUGGGGAGGACGGCUUCAAACAGUGGGACGUGCUGGAGUCCCUGGACAUGGGAGCCAUGCUGAGCACUGUGAAGGCCUGGCUGGGCAGCCCCCAGAAGUUCACCCGCGCCCACAGUGUCCAGCUGGAUGCCUCGGACACCUACAUCCUCAUUCUGGAGGGCUUCCUGCUCUACAGCUACCCGCCCCUGGUGGACUUGUAUAGCCGACGGUACUUCCUGACCAUCCCGUAUGGAGAGUGCAAGUGGAGGAGGAGCACUCGAAGCUACCCGAUUCCCGAUCCCCCAGGCCUCUUUGACGGCCACGUGUGGCCCAUGUACCAGAAGUAUAAGCGGGAGAUGGAGGCCAAUGGCGUGGAAGUGGUGUACCUGGACGGCAUGAAGUCCCGCGAGGAGCUCUUCCACCAAGUUCUGGAAGAUAUUCAGAACUCCCUUCUGAACCACUCCUAGUGAGCCACACAGGAUUGCAGCCACGGUACAGCUGAGCCGUGGCUUCCCGGCUGGACCCCAUGUGACCGCUUCCCUUGAGGGAGUCCGUACCUGAGGCCCCACUCCCAGUUCAGCAUCUCGAGGCCCCAGGAUCCCCCCUCGAGAUGCCUCUGUAACCUCACAGCGGCCUAAGUAUUAAAUCUGGUCUGUUUUUUUAACCGCGGGGCUCUAGCCUGCUGUGCCUGAGGCACCGAGGCACCCUCCUGCCCCUCUCCCUGGCUCCCUGGCGGCCUUGGGGGCGUCACUGAGAACCCCAGGCAGUUAGUCUCGCCUGUUGAACCUAUGCUGAGGUGGCCCCGGGGCUGCUCGGGGUCCUUGUGCCUCCCGUGUCCUCAGAGGGGACAUCUCCUUCGAGCUUUGAACGCAGCACAGCAUGGCCCACAGCGGGAGCUGGGGAGUCAGCAGGGCCAUCUUACUACACGGAGGGACAGGGACUGCAUUGGGGUCUGGGUGGGGACUUGAUAAUAUGGGUGAAUAUAGUAACCACAUUGUUUUUUUCAUGUGAAACCUUCAUAAGAGUGUAUAUCAAUCAUACCUUAAUAAAAAAUUAAA